AUGGAUGCAGAAGAGGUGGCGGCCGAGUGCGGCACUUUCGGAAAUCGUUGCAGGGACUUCCGCGCAGGCGCGCUGAACGAAAAGUUCCUUCUAAAGAUGGCUGCGACGGGGACUUUGCGGAGCGUGCGGAGGACUUUCUGCGCCGCUCAUUCCUCUUGGACUUCCAGGGGUUUGGCUACUGUCAUUCCCAAGGUCUCCCAAGUAGAUAAUUCUUCCGAUUUCCUGGGCAAAGUUCCACACCGCAAGCAUCCAGGCAUCUGCAACCUCAAAACUGUCAAGCUUCCACCUGAAUUGGUAAAAGCGGCUUGCUCUCUGGUAGCUGAAUCCUCUGUGCGCAAUCUGGAGAACAAAUCGAAGGCUUUCAUCAACUACUUGUGGAGCCGCAAGCGCCCCCUGGAGGCAGCAGACUUGUGCAGGAAGGCACAAGAAUUGGAGCAGAAGCUCAGGGGGACCAGGAUGGCAGCCCCUCAGGAAGGUGAACUGACCAGCCUGGAUGAAGAAGAUGAGACAAAGCUUCAGAGAAUGGUCUUGAAAGCCCUCCGUAGAACAUCUUACCACUGGGAGGCACUAGAAUACACCAACGAGCUCAGCUUCGUAUACAUGGUAGCCCGAAUGGAUGGAGUGUUUGCUGCAGUUUGCCGAGCUUUCCAUGAGAUCCAGAAGAGAGUCCCAGAAUUCCAGCCAAGCACCCUGUUAGAUUUUGGCUCAGGGACCGGAGCUGUCAGCUGGGCAGCACACAGCAUGUGGGGAAAGACUCUCAAGGAAUACAUGAACAUCGACAGCUCGGCGCCAAUGUUGGCCUUGGCGGAGAAGCUCAUGAAAGGGUUAUCUGAGGAUCAGAAUUUACACUUUCCUGGUGUCUAUUUCCGGCAGUUCCUCCCUGUUUCACCAAAGGUGAAAUUUGAUCUUGUGGUGUCUGCGUUCUCGCUCAAUGAACUCACGAGUUACUCUCACAGAGUAGAGACAGUGCAGGCGCUUUGGCGAAAGACAGACGGCUUUCUGGUUCUGGUUGAAAAUGGAACCAAGGAAGGCCAUCAGAUGCUCAUGGAGGCCCGAGAUGUUGUCCUGAAGGGGAUGGAUAAAGUAGUUCACGAUCCCCGAGAAGCUCGUGUUUUUGCUCCGUGUCCUCAUCAUUUGCCCUGCCCUCGCUUGUCACGCGACCAUCCCGUGCCAUGUAACUUCGUCCAGAUGUACCGCCCAUUGCCCUUCAGUUGGAAUCCACCGCAGAAAGAAGAGAAGUUUUUCUACCUGAUCGUACGCCGAGGAACAGGGGAGUCAGAGGAGGCCUGGCCGCGAAUUACUCAGUCGGUCCUGUGCCGCCCUCGCCACGUCCACCUCCACCUGUGCUGUGCUGACGGCCACCUCCAGCACUGCGUGAUCACCUCUCGGAGGCACGGCAGGGAUCUUUACCGCUGUGCCCGGACCAGCUCCUGGGGGGACCGCUUCCCUGUCUCGAACCCAGAGAGCCAGCUGCCCUUGGAAGCCGAGGCAGCCUGCGAGGGUGAGGACAGGGAUGAGAACGAGAACCAGCACUGAUGGAGCGCCUUCCAGUGAGCUCCACGGCCUCUCCGUGACAUGUUGUGCCAGCGCUCCAGAAUGAACUAACUGCGGCCCUUUCUUCAGACCUCUUGGCUGGGAAAUCACUGUGUGGCCUUGAGCACCAGGUUUCGCCAUUGUGCGAACCACUUUGCAUGGAUGCUGUUGAAUGCCUUGAGCCAGCCUCUUCUCCUUCCAGAAGCACUGUGAUUAAUGGUGUGUUGUUUCCCCUUGGCCUGACAUGGCCAAGUGUAGCAGCAUCCUCUAAAGUAUUGCUAACUGGACACUGUAAAGUCCCUGACCUGGGGGCAAAAGCCAGUCUCCCGGGGUUAAAGUCACAGACGUGUCCACCAGAGGACCUACUGGUGUUCAGACUACCUGGAGGGCUGCAAAAGGCUGCUUGGUAUCUUUUGUGGGAGAUCAUUUAACUCAGAUGAACUGCCCCUCCCCUGUACUUGGCAAUCAGAUUGGAUCAAGAAUGGAAAAGGAGUGUUCUCCCACUCUUCCUUUUGAUGUUAAUUUAAGGGUGAAGUCAAAUUCCAAACUGGAUUAGCGUGUACAGCCUGAAACUGGGAGGUUGGUAGAACAUGUCUAGUUUUUGUCCAAGGUGAAAGGGUUUGUGUUCCCAUGCAAGCUCAGUCCCAGUGCUGGAAGAGAAGUUGUAUGAGGUGCAGGAGCUCAGAUUCCGUUCCUAGCUUUGGAGUGAGGAAACAGACUUGUAAGAUUGCACAAUUCUUGGCACAUGCAAAUGUCUACAAUUCAUGGGUUUGGAGAUAUAUAUUGAUACCUUGAGAGGAAUCUUGUACUCUCAGUAGAUCGUUCUGAUGAAUGAUGAAUUCUGCAUCCAAAAAAUACCCAUCUGGGCAAUUCAAGCACCUCUCAACCAGAAUUGGUCAUCUUUCCAUGCUGCUUGAUUCAACCAGGUUCUUGGAACUUCUGAUUGCAGGUGGACCAGAAAAACAUGCAAUCCAUUAUCUAGAUUGCUUUGGGAAUCGCUUUUCCAGAAGCUUUGGAAUGAGAGAGCCUGGGCUUUUUGUACAGGGUGCCUAGGAUUGCAGCCAAACCAUCAUUCUCAAGACGCUGGUGCAGUUUGUAUGAUGCAUUGGACUCACCGUGGGUUGUAUAAUCCUUGAUGUGCCAAGGGGUGCACUAGGUACCAUUCUAAAUAUGCAAUCCCCAAUCGGGUUGCUAAAAGCCGUGGAUCUCUGGCAGGUUUUUUAAUGCUGGAACAAACUGGUUUGGCUGAGUUUGCAUGAGGCUAGAACCUUCAAAUCAAGCAUAUUCCAAAUGGCGUAGGCUGUGGCUUAAUGGGGGUAAAACAAUCCACCAUGAGCCUAGCUUGUCCUGCAAACUCGUUUCUCUUGGGUGUACUUGCUGCAUGCCCUGGAGCAGCCUCAUCCAAAAAUUGCAGAGCCUGAGGGAGCCAUCCAAGGCCUUGAAGCUGCUUCCCACAAAGUGUGUCUGCCUGGGUUUUACCACUGCCUAUGAAACUCAAAUACUUUGGCCACCUAAUGAGAAGGAAGGACUCACUGGAGAAGACCCUGAUGCUGGGAACAAUUGAGGGCAAAAGAAGAAGGGGAUGGUAGAGGAUGAGGUGGUUAGAUGGAGUCAUUGGGGCAGUGGGUCUGAGCUUGGGUGGACUCCGAGGGAUGGUGAAGGACAGGAGAGCAGUGACUAGAUCUCUUACAACCAUGACCCUCAGAAGCUUCUGAGGGUGAUGGGAGCAGAAAUGGAUGGAUUCGGGAGGAAAUGCAACAGUGUCAAAAUCACUUAACAGGACAGGGUAUCAAAGGAUGUAACUUUAGUGGCCUGAAAAAUUGUAUGGAUUUCUGCUGCCCUCAGGUUUUACCACUCAGAGCAGCCACAAUUCGGCUUAAAAACACAUUAAAAUGGAGAGUCUGCCUAAUGGUUCUUUGCCAUUACAUUCAGGAAUUUAGAGUUCAGCUAUAGAUUUUGCCAGCCACUUGGCCCAGUGCUCUAGUGUUCUGCAGGGGCACUUCUGCUAUCUGGACGCAGACCUGGCUGCUCAUGUGUGGAUCCUAGUCCCCCACCAGGAACUGGAAUGGUUGCACAGAGCUGCCCCAUUGUGCCAUGUUUUGAGUUGGAUCAGUCCCUGGAACCAGUGGGACUCAAUAGUUUGGUCCUGGCCAAUAAGCAGCAGCUGCAGGAAUGUCCCCUUGUCCUUGCUGAUCUUUUUUGUAGACCAUCCAAAGCAACAAAGUCAUGAAAGAACCUUAGGUACAAAUGAGCUGACUAGAAAGUGAGAUGCUCUGAAAGUGGACCAUUGGCAAAACUAUCGGGACUAGUAUAAGCCUGGUUUACUGGUUUAGUGAGGCCUACUCCUGAGUAAAAUACACAUAGGAUUGUGCUGCAACAUGCCAAAACAUUUGUGAGCAUUAAGCAGAGUUUUCCAGUUCUUCACUUUUACUGAGGAGGAAUUGUAGGUUUUGAAAGAAUCCCCUUCACACAGCCGUAAAGCAAAACUUCACCCAAACCAAA